ACUUCACAGUCACAAUUUUCUUCUAAAUUUUCAAAAAAAGAUAGAAAGAGAGGGAGAGGUGGGAUCUCCUCUCCAGCUCUCUCUUUACAUUUCUUAGAUAUUGGGUAACUUAUAUCAGUCAACAUCACGUCUGCAUGGGGUAGGUGAGCUUACUUUUGUUUAUUUAUUAUAAUGAUCAUCAGAGGAUUCAUGAAAUCAUGAAGAUUUCAGAGUCAAUUUUAGAAAUAGAUAAAUUUCAGACUUCAAGGAAGGGCCAAAAAGACGAAUUUUGUAAGACAACCAAUAAAUCGAUUACAAUUUGAACGAGCAAUUCUGCACUGCGCUGCACAUGGAGCUAGUGAAGAAUCACAAACAUUCGAAAACGACUGUCAUUUAUGUUUAUACAUGAUGAUUGUAAGGUACGAAAAAGUUGAGUGGCCCUUAUGUUUUGUAGAAGACCAACACUUUCUUUUUUCAACAGAGUCUGAAUGGUGAUUCAUUACUUGAAUGAUAAAGAAAAAGUUGUAAGGUCGUGAAUAAAAAAAUAAGCGAUACAGUCUUAGUCAGAGUGUGCUGAUUUCUUUGUAUAUGGUCUCAUCUUAUAUAUGUUCAGUAGAGGUUAGUUUGUGAAGGGGAAAAGGUGAAGAUGGUGGCAGCCAAUGAAGAGGAACCCAUGAGAAGGCCAAGAAGCAAUGUAGAGACAAUUUUUGUUUCAAUUCGAUUGCGGCCUUUGAAUGAGAAAGAAAUUGCAAGAAAUGAUGUGUCAGACUGGGAAUGCAUCAAUGAAACCACUAUCAUGUACAGGAACAAUCUUUCAGUUGAUGAACGGUCCACGUAUUCAACUGUCUAUACAUUUGAUAGAGUGUUUAGCCAUGAUUGCACUACAAAGAAGGUGUAUGAGGAAGGAGCCAAAGAGGUUGCUCUUUCAGUAGUCAGUGGCAUAAACUCAAGUGUUUUUGCUUAUGGGCAGACAAGCAGUGGAAAGACGUACACAAUGACCGGAAUUACUGAGUAUAGCAUGACAGAUAUAUUUGACUACAUAGAUAGGCACAAGGAAAGAGAAUUCAUAUUGAAGUUCUCUGCUAUGGAGAUUUAUAAUGAAUCUGUUAGAGACCUUCUUAGUACAGAGAACACUCCACUUAGGCUCCUUGAUGAUCCAGAGAAAGGAACUAUUGUUGAGAAACUCACAGAAGAAACUCUGAAGAACUGGAGUCAUUUUAAGGAGCUUCUAUCCAUCUGUGAAGCUCAAAGACAGAUUGGGGAGACCUCUCUGAAUGAAACAAGCUCCAGAUCUCAUCAGAUUUUGAGACUGACAAUUGAAAGCUCUGCACGUGAGUUCUUUGGCAAUGGUAUUAGCUGCCUAGCAGCCGCUGUGAGCUUUGUUGAUCUUGCAGGAAGUGAACGUGCUUCUCAGGCUUUAUCAUCUGGCACAAGACUAAAAGAAGGUUGCCAUAUAAAUCGUAGUUUACUUACACUGGGAACUGUUAUCCGUAAGCUAAGCAAGGGAAGAAGUGGGCAUGUUCCUUAUAGAGAUUCAAAGCUAACUCGCAUACUGCAGUCCUCCUUAGGAGGCAGUGCAAGAACUGCCAUCAUCUGUACCUUGAGCCCUGCACGAGUUCAUGUUGAGCAGUCCAGAGAUACCCUCUUGUUUGCAAGCUGUGCUAAAGAAGUGUCUACUAAUGCACAAGUCAAUAUAGUCAUGUCUGAUAAAGCACUGGUAAAACAUUUGCAAAGAGAAUUGUCCAGAUUGGAGAAUGAAUUAAGAAGUUCAGGAGUGACUUCUAACAUAUCUGAUAUUGCUGCAAUUCUGGGGGAAAAAGACAUUGAGAUAGAAAAGCUAAAAAGAGAAUUAAGUGAGAUGACUCAGCAACGAGACUUGGCUCGUGCUCAGAUUGAGGAUCUACUACAAGAGGCCAGAAACAGGUCAAAUGAUAGACUUCCAAUAGUGGUAAAUGGAGGCCUUAAUCAUCAGUAUCCAAAAUUGCGUGUGCGAAAUUCAUUGGACUCUCCAAAGUCAGAGACUUGUGUUUUCAAGGACCUUCCCUAUCCAAAUAUCAGUGUUAGAUCUUCUGAUGAAUCUCAGUCCUCAGAUGGACAAAGCAGGAGUGGUUACUCUGACAACGACUUCCAGGAGAAUUCCCCUGGCUCUUGUUCCUUUCAAGAGGAUAAAGUCAGUCAUCCCAUCUUCGUUGGAAUUGAUCUGUCUCAUAAUGAGAUUAAAGCAGAAAUUGACGAAAAUGUGGAGGAUCUUUACAAGGAUGUCCAAUGCAUUCAGACAGAAGAAUUCUCAAGUGGAUACUCAAAUAUUUCAGAGUCUAGCAGUAAUAGAUAUAGAUAUUUGAAUGCAACAUUUGUUGAACUGAACCUAGCUUCUUCUGGAUUGACAGAAACUGAGAAUGAAGUGAACCCAACAACCUCUGGAUUGACUGAGACUGAGAAUGAAGAAGUGAACCCAACUACCUCUGGAUUGACUGAAACUGUGAAUGAAGAUAGAGAAAAGAGAGAGUUGAGGUUGCUGACCUUGAAAGAAGAGAAAAAGUGGAAGAACAUCGUUCUUGAUUUUGUUAUUCCAACACCCAAAGAAUCAUCUCCACUGCUGCUGGAAAAAGACAUGAGUAGCUCUUACAUUUCCAUGUUUGGGAGGAGUAGCAGUUGUAAAGCAAGGUUCAUGACUAGUGUGUCCUUGGAUUCAUUUAAGAGUGAUGAUAAGGAUGUGAAGACACCUCCAACAGGAAUUGAGAAGGAUUAUGUUGGAAGACCCUGGAGUAUACAAAGGAAAUUUUCUCCAUUGAAAUAUGUUGUUGUCUAUGAGAAGUUGUCAAGAAAUGAGUCUCAAGCUUCUGUGAAAAGUGGAGCUUUUGAUAUGCUCGUUGCACAGAAUGUUGAAAUUUCAAAUGGUGCAGAUAUUGCCAGUGUCAGAACCUUGGUUUUGCCCAAGGAGUCCACUGAUUCUCAGGAUGAGAAACAAUUCGCUGAUCAUGAACAGGACGCAGAAACAAAACACGUUGAACUUGCAAAGAAUGUGCGAGAUGUUGGCUUGGAUCCAAUGGAGACAGAACUGAUAGACCAUUGGAUGUGGCCUGAUGAAUUCAAGAAACUUCAAAGAGAGAUUCUUGAUCUUUGGCAUGAUUGUAAUGUCUCAUUGGUUCACCGAACCUACUUCUUCCUCGUAUUUAAAGGAGAUCCAAAAGAUUCAAUGUUCAUGGAGUUAGAGCACAAGAGGCUGUCCUUCCUCAAGGAAAUAUUUUCUAGGGGUAAAGACACUGUAGAAAAUGGUAAAACUGUGACACAUGAUUCAAGCUUGAAGGCACUACAAAAGGAGAGGUAUAUACUGAGCAGCAAGAUGAAAAAGAAGUUGUCUAUGGAACAGAGACAGAAUUUAUUCCUGAAGUGGGGUAUUGGGUUGCAAUCAAAGCAUAGGAGACGGCAGUUAGUGAAUCUCAUAUGGAAUGACUCAAAAGACUUGAAACACGUUGCAGAAAGUGCUUCUGUUGUUGAGAAGCUGGUUAGUUUCGCAAAAUCCGAGCAGGUUUUCAUGGAGAUAUAUAGUCUCAACUACAAAUCAGGGCGCCCAGGAAACAAGUUUAAACUUUGGAUAAGCAAUGUAAAGUCUGGUGAUUGUUGAUCAGCGUAUGAAAUGUUGCCUACUCACUUGUUCAUUUCUCAAUCUUACCGAUUUUUGUAUUGCAUUUUCUAGUUCUGAUGCAGUUGGUUUGUGGAAAAGUUUGUAAAAUUCUUACUACAAUUGAUGUAUAAUUUGAAAGCUAAUAUUUCAGAGUCAGAUUUUUUUUCAA